CGAGUUCUGACGAGGUACGAGAUGUGGACACCGAUCCAUUGUACUUCAAACAGCCUCUGGUAUCCUGGGGCUGAGACCGACAAAGUCACUUCACUUCACUCGUGAAAACCUGGCUCGUGAUUGAAUCCCAGACUCGAACUCAGGACCCCGUCGGUGCCAGCUCUGCUCUGACCUCUGGGUCACCCGGCCGCACGUUACCAGGGGUUUGCUGUCUCUCUGAUAUUGUCCGAUGAUAGGUCGGCGUGCCUGAGUUCCCAUGCCGGAUGGGACCACAGGGCAGCUGUUUUACAGCUCUUGUAAACAACAAUGACAAAAAAACUAACACAUUCGUCCAUGACACUGGUGAGCAGCCUUUAAAGGAAAACUAUACAAUAGGUGACGUUUUGGGCAAUGUCCCUUCUUCAUAGCACACAAGGUUCGCACAACAGGUGGCAUGACCACCCACAUGGCCCUCUGCUGCUCACCAGAACCCCACCCAUGCCAAUUCUGACCAACCAAAGAGCCUCCCAAGUUUAACUUGCCGGCGACGAGGCUUUGUGUUUUGAAUUACAUGGCUGUACGCCAGCGGCGAUUCUCGGCAUAGCUUGUCGAUUAUAAAGCCAAAUUUACUUACAAAUACCUACGGGGGGGGGGGGCGGAGAGUGCGUAUUUUGCUAUGUGUGUGUGUUUGUCAAUAAUCUGCCCUUCACAUUCACUCACAAACCACCCGUGGCAGCCGACUCGUAUUGUUGCGCUUCGGAUUCCCGCCGAGGAGCGCAACGAUAUUUCACCUCGAUGACAUUUUCAUCGCUGUGUCGGUAUUUUUUACAAAAGCGACGUCAUUAAGCGGUCGAGUGGCGUCUCUGAUUGAUGCUGCCAUUUCAUAUGGUUCUCGUGAUAGCGCUCGUUGUCAUUAAGGAGCUGCUGCGGGGAACGAAAAUAAAACAAACCAAAUGUUUUGCGCGCGCCGGUGGUGAGCCGCACCGGCCGUGUGCGCCUGGCAGUGCUCAGCGUUCGCGUCUCCUCGAAGACAUUGGUAUGCAUCGCAAAAUCUCGCAGCACCAUCGAGAUGGGCACAAGCUCAGGCUCCCCCCCCCCCACCCCAUGUGACCUGACCAAUGCAUGUAAUGGGAAUUGGUUGAGGAUUAAUUUAAUUCCGUGCAAGAAGCCGGCCCAGCGUUUAAGUUGCAUUCGUAUCGUGCCAUGGCUCCGGUCGUCAGUAGUUAGUUAUCUCGUUGAGCCACGGCCGUUCCUGUGCGCAGCCAAAUUUAUGGUGUCGGGGGAAUGGAUGAUGUUGUUCAUUGGAGUGUGUGUCCGUGCUGCAUGUAUUGUAUCGGUCGCGUCCUUGACAAUGAAUUGUCACAAAUGUAUAUUAUAAAUAUUGCGCAAAUUCCGGUAGGCAUCGAGCAAAUUGUUUUUUUUCGAGGUGAGCAUGUAUUGAACUGGCCUGCUUUCAUAUUAGUGGGCCUCUGUGGUUCACCGCCAUCGAUGGUCAACUUCCUUUUGGCACCCUCCCACUAUAAACUGCUAGAAACCAACGCAUUAUAGUUCCGCUCAUGAUAAACGCACCUGAUUGAAAACUGCCGCCCAGUCCCAUUCCAUAAAGAGACGUCCUCUGACGCGUUUGAGAAGGCUCGCUCAAUGGAAUGGAGCAAGCCGUCUAGUUUAUGGCUGGCUGCCGCCCCGUGCCGUGUGGCCGUCGCUUGCUGGGGCUAUGGAUAGUGCUGCCCGUUGCCUCCGGGGGACUAUGUCUGCCAUAUACGGUGCGCGGCAUGCGUGUCCAGGACAGCUGGUGCGGCUAUACUGGGAGAGGGGGGCCCACCUAAAUUUGGGCCCCCCUUGUAGUAAUUAAUAUCUCCCGAAGUUCCGGGGCGAGGAGAUUUGUGUGUUGUGACCAGCGCUUCCAGCGACGUCGCCGACGAAGGGGGAAGAUCGCCAGUUGUUUUAAUGAUUGACGAUCGGGCGCAACCCUCAAAGGUCAUGGCAGACCGUCGGCAGCUCUUCCUCGAAAUGCGGGCUCAGAAUUUCGACGCCAUUCGGCUGUCCACGUACCGCACGGCUUGCAAGCUUCGCUUCGUUCAAAAGAAAUGCAACCUCCACCUGGUGGACAUCUGGAACAUGAUCGAGGCGUUCCGCGAGAACGGCCUCAACGCCUUGGACGCGGGCGCGGAGGUGAGCGUGGCGCGGCUGGAGAACCUCAUCGCCUCCGUGUACUACCAGCUGAACAAGCGGCUGCCCACCACCCACCAGAUCCACGUGGAGCAGUCAAUCAACCUGCUGCUCAACUUCAUGCUCGCCGCCUACAACGGGGAAGGCUGCGGCAAGAUGACGGUGUUUGGGGUGAAGGUGGCGCUGGCCACCAUGUGUGGAGGCAAGGUCGUGGACAAGCUGCGAUAUAUUUUCUCCCAGAUCUCAGACUCAAAUGGAGUCAUGGUCCUGAACAAGUUCGAUCAGUACCUGCAUGAGGUCCUCAAGCUGCCCACGGCCGUCUUCGAAGGGCCUUCCUUCGGCUACACGGAGCAGGCUGCCCGCUCGUGCUUCCCACACCAGAAGAAAGUGACGCUCAACGUGUUUCUGGACGCGCUCAUGUCGGACCCGCCGCCGCAGAUCCUCAUCUGGCUGCCUCUCAUGCACCGCCUGGCCAACGUGGAGAACGUGUUCCACCCGGUGGAGUGCUCGUUCUGCCACAGCGAGAGCAUGCUGGGCUUCCGCUACCGCUGCCAGCAGUGCCACAGCUACCAGCUGUGCCAGGACUGCUUCUGGAGGGGCCAGGCGAGCAGCACCCACUCGAACCAGCACCAGAUGAAGGAGUACACCUCGUGGAAAUCCCCGGCGAAGAAACUGACUCGUGCUCUGAGUAAAUCUUUGGGCUGCGUGCCGAGCCGCGAGCCCGCACACCCCAUGUACCCCGACCAGCCCGAAAAGCCCCUAGACCUCUCCCACAUCGUGCCGGCACGUCCGCUGCCAAACAACAUGAACGACAGCACCCUGGUGUCGCCCUCCAUGCUGUCCUCCGGGAGCCCCACGCCCACGAAGAGAGUGGCCGAGGUGGUGCUGGCUCAGAGAGCCAGCGAGCUAGAGCAAAGCAAGGUGCUGAGUAGGGAGACCCCUCGCAUGCUCAAGGGCAAGGGAAUACAGUACAGUUUGGACAUGGCCAAUCGAAUGGCUGACGAGCAUGUGCUAAUUGCCCUGUACGUUGAUCGUCUGCUGCACGGCGACCGCUCAAACAGCGGGCUCGACAGCCCCGGCCGUCUGGAUGAGGAACACCGUCUCAUCGCUCGCUAUGCUGCCAGACUCGCUGCCGAGCAGCGAACGCCCACCGAGUUGGCGUUCAACUCCGACACAAACAAGCAGCAGCGGCAGCUCAUCGCCGAGCUGGAAAAUAAAAACCGUGAGAUAAUGCAAGAGAUCCAGCGGUUGAGGCUGGAGCAUGAGCAGGCAUCGCAGACGUCCCCCGAGAAGGACCAGCAGAACCCCACGCUGCUCGCUGAGCUCAAGCUGUUACGGCAGCGCAAGGACGAGCUGGAGCAGCGCAUGUCGGCGCUGCAGGAGAGUCGACGCGAGCUCAUGGUGCAGCUGGAGGGGCUCAUGAAGCUGCUCAAGGAAGAGGAACAGAAACAGGCAACGCAGAGCUCCCCGCGGUCGUCUCCGAGCCACACGAUGGCGCGACCGAUGCCCAUGCCGAUCCGGUCGACGUCGGCCGGCUCCACGCCGACGCACACGCCGCAGGACUCGCUGACCGGCGUCGGCGGUGAUGUGCAGGAGGCCUUCGCGCAAGGCGCCCGCAGGAAUCUUCGUAACGACCUGCUCGUCGCGGCCGACUCGAUCACCAACACCAUGUCGUCGCUGGUGCGGGAGCUCAACUCAGACAACGGACGAGGAGAUGAAGAAGGCGUCGGCAACGACCCAGACAGAGUGGGCACCGGACCCGAGCAGGGAGGGCUGGACUCUGAGCUGCUGAGAGCCCAGCUGGAGGAGAUGAUGGCCUUCUCCCCGACGGCCGCCCCCGAGCGCAGCUACGGCGUUCGCAGAGCAGGGCCGUCCUCGUUCCCGGUUGGGGCCGAGUUUGGGUUCCAGGGAGAGGCUGCCCGCGCUGAUCCCCCCAAGCGGAAGAUGGUGGAGGACGAGGCCUGCCAGGGCUGAAUUACGUUCUCCGGCACCCAAGAGGCAACAACCUCCUCGCUCAAGCAAGAAAGCCUUCACUCGAAUCAUCAUCAUCAUCAUCAGCAGCCCCUGUAUAUUAAUGAUUUGCUAAGAAUGUCGCCGUGUGUUGUGGAUUGUACUGAGCGAUGAUUGUGAAUGUCCACAUGCCUGCAACCUGCAUGAGGCGCUGUGUAAAAACGCUUUCCUUAUAGAGUGUGUGACUCGUGGCCGUGUGUGGCCCAUCCAUCUGCGUGGUGCUCCAAGUGAAUCGUAGGGCCUCUCUGCGACCCCUGGCUCGAAUGGGGUUCCCUGUGUACCGCACGGUGGCGCAGGGUGGUGUACGCGCUUGGGUUGGUACCUGGGAGCUCGCUUCUCUCUGUGCAGCGAUGAAUCGCGCAUCGGGCCACAGAUGGAGAGGAGCGUUGCGUCACACGGGACCGGUCCUCGCCACUGUUGUAAGCCACCAGCGCUCACUGCUGUCUUCAUGGACCCACGGUGGAGAGAGGGGGGAACCUCUCGUUCGGUUCCUAAGGAGGCUGCGUGUCACUCCCGUGGCCCCUCCCGUCCUCCUUCAGCACCAGGCACGACAAGAGACGCACCGAGCACCCCCUUGUGUUGUGCGUUCAAGGUUUCACUGCAGGGGAAACGGCAACGCAAGCUCCGCCUCGCGAAGCUCUCGGCUGCGUGAGCGAGCGUGCGAGCGUGCGAGCGUGCGUAUGCAUUGGGAGGUCGCUGCGUCUCACACUUGACCAACGUGCCUCUCCGUUGCCAGGGUUGAGUGAAGAUGGGCAUGGUUGCGCGCUCCGUGAGGUCGGGAAUGGUUUCACAUGCAAGCGACGGAGCAUUAUGGACCUGUGCCCCAGGGAUGUAACAAUUCCCCCCCCCCCACCCACGAAUUGAUUAGCUAUGCACGCAUUCAGUUCUGUGCGUGUAUUGUGAGCAUUCAAACCCACGUUAAUGUAUGUCUCCUUGUACCACCAACUGCUUAUUGGAGAUGGGAUAUCCAUUCCAGUAUCGCUUUAUUAUCGGUUUGAUUAUGCGACUAAUCGGAUAACAGGGAAAUAGUUUUGAAAAAAAAAGUCGUUGACUUCUGUUCCCACGUGUGCCGCUGGACGGGAAGCGUUUGUCGCGGCAAUGGUGACGUCGUCGGCAUCAGGCAGGGGCAUGCCUCCUGGGGGGCGGGAGGAGGGGGGGGUUUCCCGCCUUCGCGGGACAAUAUAUCAGAGCAGCCGCUGUGAUACCUUGUCUCGUUCAAGGGGCCUGAGUAAUGACGAAUAAAAGUAGUCUGUUACUAUCCUUCGUCGCUGAAUCGGCUCUACGAAACUCAUGGACCCGGCCCUCCUGCUUGCCGACACCGCCUGCAGCAGGGCUGGGCGGUGAGAAGCCCCUCUUUACUGCGCCAGGUGAGCCGCGUUGCCAAAAAAAACUCAUGGCUACAGAAAAGUUCAUGUUCCACAAAAAAAAAUCAACCAUCGUGAUUGUCCCGGGAGUUGGGUUGCUUCCUCAAUGUAGCGGCCCGGUCGUGUGCGUGCGUGCGUUUUUUUUCUUUCGAGUUGUCACUGUCGUGCAUGCGGAGUGCCUGGUUAAUCGUGUCCGUUCGUCUGUAGUACCCGUCGGGGUCUGUGCUCCUUGUAGAAGGGAUCGUGCCUAGGGUGCGCUGCUGCUGCUGCUGCGAAUAACCGACGGAAGCCACGAAACGUUUCUAAAGCAAGUCGUCCGUUGUGCGCACGAGGCAAGCAAGCGAUACGCGGCUUCAAUGCCGUGGCGUUUCACGGACGGUGCAGGAAGGUGCAGAGAGCGAUAGGCGCUAGGGGUGGGUGGCACGUGUGGUCAUUGGGAGCCGUGGUUGGUGGGGGGAGGGCACUCAAGUUUAUCGGGACUAAUCCUCUAUUUUGUGGCGUCAUAAUCCGUGGCUUUAACCGCGGCUAGGGAGCAGCGGGGGUCCAUGGACUUCUAUGAAUCAUACUGUCCAUGGCAAACGCACGUGCCGAUCGGUAGUUCGGACGGUAGACCAGGCGGCGGAACAGCUGGUGGACUAGUUGGCAGAUCAGCUGGUGGACUAGGUGGUAAAUGAGAUGGCAGAUCAUAUGGUGGACUGACUGGUAAACCAAGUUGUAGAUGAGGUGGUGGUCUAGGUGGUAGAGCAAGUGAUAGAUCAGCUGGUGGAUUAGGUGGUAGGUCAGGUGAUAGAAUCGGCAGGGGAACAGGAGGUUCCACUGCCCUUGGUGUGAACCGGCUUUCUUUGCCGGCCAAGGUAAACACCGCUGAGAAAGAGCGGAUACAACUUGAAGAGGUCACUAAUUGCAAUGAGAAUGAGUGGAGCAUGCUGGCUGGCCGGCCAAGCCAACCCCCAUAGACCUAACACGAACGAGGAAACCAAAUGCUCGCCCGAGUCUUCUUCAGCGAACCCAGCAGCCACAAGGAUUAGGCCUCUCAACUGAACCAGCCGGAGAAAUAGCCCCAAACCUGUCAAACCAGCUACUACUCACUAACCUUAACCUACUUUUGUCUAAAUUGGCUCAAGCCUCCGGUAAACCACGUGACUAGGUGAUAGUGCCAGCCCUAUCACUGAAGCUACCCAUAACUCCACUGCCGCCACAAAGUCUACCACCCAUGUGGUGCUUACUGCUGUGGCUCCUGUACUGUCCACACAGCCAUGCCCCGCACGGGUCUGCACGUGUCAAGUCCUCGCUCUGUGAACGUGCCAAUCUACGAGUGAGUGAUGCUCUCCCCCACACGGUCUUGAUCAUGGGAGUCUGACUAUACAUCACCACGCUUGUCAGUGCGGGAGGUGAGGGGGGGUGGGUGGACCCAGGACUUCUUCAGAUAUCGCUCGUCACCAAUGUUAGCCGUGACCUGGGAUCGGACUCGUAGCAUCUCGGAUGUGAGAGGGCCGUCUCGACACACACCGCUAAGGAGAGAAAUUGUGGGUGAGCAGCCAAAGGUACAUUUGGUGGUGCAGGGCCCAUCCCAGCACCUCCCUGUCGCCGGCUGUCGAGCACAAUCCGCUCACCACUUUGCCACCGCUACACCUUCACUGUGGUCGUGAGUCGCGACUGUGCGUGGUCUCUGCUGCGUGGCGAGUCCCAACAGUAGCAGCAAGCGGCCUCGCGUUGUGAGCCACGUCUUGAAGGCGGCCUUGGUGUCUCGCUGUGUCAUCACCACUGCUGUUGACGAGACGUUUGAUGGAAUGUGCAGUAACUAAGUGUAGUCGGUUUGUAAAGCCGAUCCCUUAACUAUAGAUUAUAUGAUUUGGUUUUAUAUUGCGUCAAAGAUACGGAGGCGUCUAGACGUGUAAUAUAUUGCAACCUGUAAAUGCGCAACGUUGUCGAACCACUGGGGGCUUCGCCGUGAGGCCUGGCCUGGGAGUUCAACUCAUCUCCCAUGGCAUUGCAGGCUCCGCAAGCAGCGCGCACUCUCAUACGCACCUUUGCUGCAGCCGACCUGCCUGCAGACGUCGGCACGUUACAGGGAGUAAUACUCUGCUGAAGAUUGAGUGCACUGAAUAGGAUAUAAUGUGGGACAUGAGAGUCGACAUAGGAGGAGCUGCGUGAUGAUAUGGGGAUGGAGGGUAUGCAAGGAGAUGCGGGGAGAUAUUGAAGCGAGGCGCUGUGAGAGUUGGUGUGAAGACUGUAUUUGAGAGACGGUACAGGAGUUGGUGUAGGGCAGUGUGAUAAGGAGGCGGUGUGCUAUAGAAUAGUUAUGGCUGAAGGUAAGGAGUUGUGGGCGUCUGGGGCAUGGGACAAGAAGGGGGGGGCGGGGGGGGGUGAUGUUUAGGAUAUGCGGGGAGACCCCCGCACGAGGAGUGGGCGUGUGGUGACCGCGCUUCACCACCGUCGCGUUUCGCUGGCUCCGACGUUUAAUUGUUAAAUUCAUUGACGAGUGUAAAAGAAUGGUUCCUCGUCCUCCCGACCCCUGGAGGUUGGCGUGUAUGAAAGAAGAGUCGCGUAGGAGUCUGUACACGACUCGAGUCGUCCGUGUCUUCGUGGGUUAGGCAGAGAGGAGCGGGCUGUCCUCAGCUUUCACCUGCCGAGUUGUAACGUGCAUCGACAGGCCUUGCUCACGCUCUGCUGUAAGUUCGCCUCCACGUGUGUCAGUUCCCACCUGCCUUGCGCUUUUGGAGUGAAUGCGUCGAUUAAAACUGCCGACAUUUUGCGAUGUCA